UGCUACUGUCGCUCAGUUGUAGCAACGGCGUCAUAUGCGACGGAGCAGCCGAUGACGUUUAAGUUCUUUUACUAGGAAUCAAGAAACCUCGUACCCCAGCAGAAACAUGAAUACUCUUGUUACGUUCACAAUUCUUCUCAGCUGCUUCGCUGGGCUGAACGCCCUCACCUGCCAAUUGUGCAGCAUUCUCAACAGCGACUGCUCCGACCCUUCCAUGGGCAGCUACUCGGGUAACUACUCCGUUGCCUGCGGCAGCAACGACAACGCCUGCUCUAAAAUCGUUGUCAAGUUGGACGGGAAAGUCACGACCACCACCCGCAGUUGCUCCUCCAGCUGUGACGAGAAAUGUGUCUCCGCCUUAACCCUUGAGACCUGCCAAUACUGCUGCACCACCGACGACUGCAACGGCGCAAGCACGCUGACCUUUAGCCUCGUAACCGCCUUGGCUGCCGUCGUCUUCGGCGCCCUCGCUGCUCACGGCGUGUAGGAUAGAAGUUCUCUUUGCAUGUGAGUGUGGGGUGCGUGUGUGUUUCGUGUGUACCUUGUGCUCGCUGACUGGUCAGAAACCUCGAGAGGCACAGUAUCACUUUUGAGACAUCCAUACAGAGACAGGGACUAGGACUGUACCCUCUGAAAUCUGGGCUGAUGAGCGGUAUACCUGAUUGGUAGCGAGUCUCAGAUUAUCAGAAAUAAGGGAAGUCUUCACUUUAAAAUCGGAAAACAAAAAUGAAGGAAACCAGCAGUCUGAUGUGUCGUCUCUGUUGGGUUAACGUAUCUGCUUGAAUUUGUGUGCAGGGAUUUGUUUGAUAAUGCUUGUUGUGCGUUAGUUUCAGAUUUAAAAAAAUACCCGUUGUUAGAAGGAUCCUUUCCAGUUUCACACAAAACAUAAACAAAUAAGUCGUAUGCUUUCUCAUUAAAGGAGAAACCGGUAGAUUAAUUGCAAUAAAGUAGCCCAUUUUUCUUCUUUUUUUCCCAUUGUGUUUUCCUCAUCAAGUUCAGCUGCAUUAAAUUUGUUUUAUUUACGUUUUAUGCAAGAACACAUUUCAGCUACUUUAUGUAUCUGCUCUUUACCAUUAUGUCAGGAAAUGUUACAAAGAAAUUGACAAUACAGGUGAUGUCCAUAUGACCUAGAUGAGACCAUUUGGUACAAAGAUCUUCAUCUGUCGUUUAAACUACCAGAUAUCAGCAUCACACACUGGAUAAAUAAUGCACCAUUUAUGAACUGAA